AUGGACCAGAAUACAAUUGGGCAGAGUGACGAAUUGAUUGUUGGGAGGGAGGACCAUAGCACAUCCAACGAAGAAGAAAAUGAUGUGCAUGAUGACAAUUCUAGUCCCGAAGAGGAAGAAAAUAGUUUUGUUCAAAGUGAUGAAAAUGGGGGUGACAGCAUAUCUUCUAGGUCUACUGAUGAGGAGGUUACCAACGAUGAAGCCAUCAAUUUGGGCUUCGAAGGGGAUGAUCAGAUCCCACUUUCAAGAACUUCCAUUAAUGAAUUGGAACCAUUUGUUGGCAAGGAAUUCAAGACUGAGGAUGAUGCAUAUAACCACUAUAACAACUAUGCAAGGCAAAUGGGUUUUUCAGUACGAAAAUUUAGGGUGGAGCGCUCAAAAGUUGAUAAUCAUAUCCUUGCUAGGUCAUUUGUUUGUGCAAACCAAGGUGAAAAAUGGUGUAAUGAUAAGCGGCGGAGGGGAUUGAAUUAUACACCUCGUGCAACAAAGAAAACCAAAUGUGAAGCCGUGAUGAGGAUCAAGUCCAGGAAUGGAAAAUGGGUGGUGGAUCUUUGUGAAACAGAGCACAACCAUCCAAUAGUGAAUCCGAAUGAUGUAUUUAGACUUCGCUCACACCAGAAAAGUUACUAG